AUGGCUUCGUCCGCAGACAAUGUCGCGCCUAUUGAGAGCAAUGGCGCAAAAAGAUAUGCCGAGACACCUCUACGGAGCGAGGAAGGACCAAGAGGCAACUACAGGUUCAAGAACAAGCGCAUGAAGAAUGGACAUGCUGAACAGAGCAAAAUCUUGAAGACAAAUGGCACCAAUGAGGAAGUGCUCUUACAGGAUGUUACUGCGCUCAUCAAAAAUCUUAAUCUUGAAAGAGACGGAAAGGAAGCCUCAACAAAACUGCCAGAAAAGUUCAAAGAGAUUACAGUUGAGAUUAGGGAGAUAUCUUCCACCGGAGAUGGCCUUGGUUUCCAGCAAGAUUCAAACUCGGACCAGGUCUAUGUCGUGCCUUUCAGCGCACCUGGAGACAUCGUGACCGCACGACCGCACAAGCACUUCGAGAAGGAAAAGUACUCCAUGGCCGACUUCGUCAAUGUGGUCACACCCUCACCCAAUCGCGAUGAUUCUUUGGUAAGAUGUCCUUACUUUGCUAGCUGCUCUGGCUGCCAAUUCCAAAUGUUACCCUACGACUUUCAGCUUCAGCACAAAAAGACCAUUGUCGAAAAGGCGUACAAGAACUUCUCCAAUCUCCCACCUGAGCUCAUCCCGGCUAUUGGCGACACACUCGGUUCUCCACUGCAAUAUGGAUACCGUACAAAACUAACUCCUCAUUUCGACGGUCCACCAGACGCCCGUCGAAGCGACGGUCGCAAUGGCAUCAAGCGAAUCUUCAAAGAAGUCCCCCCCAUCGGCUUCAUGAAAAAAGGAACCCGCACAACAAUCGACAUAGAAGACUGUCCCAUCGGCACAGACGCCGUCCGCGCAGGCAACAAACGCGAGCGAAAACGCGUCGCAGAUACUAUAUCCACCUACCACAAAGGCGCCACCCUCCUGCUGCGCGAAAACACAACCCGUAUCCCCAAAACUGAAUAUGACGUCACAAAGGAAACCGACGCCGACGCCGUAAUUGAGGACAGAGGCGAGCACAUCCACCGCAAAACAUGUAUAACAGACCCCAACGCCAAAUCUACAGAAUACAUCUCCGACUUCCAAUUCGUCAAUCCAGCUGGCUCUUUCUUCCAGAACAACAACAGCAUCCUCCCCGUCUUUACACAGUAUAUCCGGGAGAACAUCUUACCCUCGUCUUCGAACCACAAAAUCACCCACCUAAUCGACGCAUAUUCCGGCUCAGGCCUCUUCACCAUAACCCUCUCCUCGCUCUUCAAAUCGUCCCUGGGAAUCGACAUAUCCCCCGCUAGUAUCACCUCCGCGUCUGAAAAUGCGCGCUUAAACAACCUGCCUGAAUCUUCCACCCGCUUCAUCGCCGCUGAUGCCGCUCGUCUCUUCGCUUCCAUCGAGUCCCCCGCAGAUGAAACAGUCGUCAUGCUCGACCCGCCGCGGAAAGGCUGCGACGAGAGCUUCUUGCGCCAGUUGGUGCAGUAUGGACCCGCGAGGGUGGUGUAUGUGAGCUGUAAUGUGCAUACGCAGGCGCGAGAUAUUGGGGUGCUGGUUGGUGGGAUGAUGGGUGUUGAUGGCGGAUUUGGGAAGGGCGAAGGUUGUUAUGAGAUUGAGAGUUUGAGGGGAUUUGACUUUUUCCCGCAGACGGGGCAUGUGGAGGGAGUUGCUGUGUUGAGGAGGAAGAAUGGUGGUGGGGAGAAGAAGGAUAUGCAGAAUGGACAGGCAUUAGGUUGA